CUCACAUACUGUGUAGAUCUGAUUGCAAUACUGUUACUGUGACGCUGAUGUUUCUCAGCUACAAUAUCUGCAAGGAAGUCCAUGAGAUUAUACCAGUAAAUUCAAGAAGCAACACCAUAAAGUUUGAGUCAAAUGGCCACUCCUUUACCUCCGGUCUUCUCUGGACCACCUCCAUCCGCCGUUGUGCCCGCUCCCCCGUCUACACCACCACCCCUGCCCCUGUCCCAUCAGAUUGGCAUUGCAAUCCUGGUUAUCGCCUUUGUGUUCGGUUUUCCUGGUAACCUGUUCGUGGUGUGGUCGGUUCUGUGUCGAGUCCGGCGCCGCUCUGUCACCUGUCUGCUGAUUCUGAAUCUGGCCAUGGCCGAUGCUCUGGUGCUCUUGAGUGCUCCGCUCUUCAUCCGGUAUCUGGUGGGACGGAAAGGCUGGGAGUUCGGACCUGUCGUGUGUAAGACGGUGCAUUACCUGUGCUGCGUCAACAUGUAUGCCUCCAUCUACCUGAUCUGCCUGAUGAGCAUGGACCGCUGGCUCGCCGUCACCAAGCCAUUUGUUUCUCAAAGGCUGAGAACCAAGAAGAGGCUCCUGAGCGUCAUGCUGGCCAUCUGGGUGAUGGCUUUUCUGAUGGCUUUGCCCAUGCCGUUUUAUCGCUCUGUGGUGGAAUAUAAACCAGGUGUGCCCAUCUAUCUAUGUAAUCCAUACCACUGGCAGAGUGAUUCUCAUGAAAUCUUUCAGUACCUGUCUGAGACUCUGCUGGGCUUCCUGCUGCCCUUCACCUUCAUCCUGUUCUGCUAUAUCUCAGUCAUCCUUCGGUUGCGCAGCGCCAUGUUCCAGCGCAAGGGAAGAGGAAACUUCCUCAUCCUCCUCAUCAUCGCUGCUUUCACCCUCUUCUGGCUGCCGUAUCACCUGAUCAACAUCAUACAGGUGAUUGGUGUGAUGCAGGGCUCCUCUUCUUUUCUACAUGUGGCAAAAGUGGGUCGUCCCAAUGUGACAGCAUUCGCAUUCAUGAGCAGCAGUGUGAAUCCAGUCCUGUACGUGUUCGCUGGCAGCUCUCACAUCCGUCAGGCUGGUUUAGGCUUCAUGGCCAAACUUUUCGAAGGAACCAAUUCAGAGAUGGGCUCCAGCCGCAGCACCCGAUCCAGCCGCGGCUCUAAUGCAGAAAGCUCUGUCUUCACAAAACUGUCUGUCAAGCUGAAUCGCAAAGGUGAUGGUGCAGGAGCCGAGACCCAUGAUGGAGAAGAGGAGACCAUGGCGGACAAGACUCUGACCACCCUGCAUUGAAGUGUUUAUUUAUUCACCCGUGGCUCAUUUAUAGCGUUACUAAGCUGCUGGACUGUAGUUAUCCCAACUGAAAGAAUAAUAUCCUCUUCUGCUGCUGCUGUUUCAUAAAAAAGUGUUUUAUUUCUUCUAAGGCUACAUCAACAUGAAUCAGAAGUUUUUAAUAAAAAAAAAAAAAUCUGUGUACAUACAGAAUCACUGAAACAUACUGAAAAUUAUGUAGCAUAUUUGCCAGACCAGCAUGUGUUACUGCAGUUCUCCCAGAGAUAAACAAACAAUGAAAAAGACAAUUGGUGCAUUCCAAAUGGGACAUUUUGCCCUCCUAAGAGCACUUUGGAUUGAAAAAAAUCAUGGCCGCCAUAUUGAAGUGUCGUUCCAAACCAAAGUGCUGGUAACAUUGAAGGGCCUUUUGGAAUGAAGUACUUUGAAGGAUACAACUUAUGGACCCUUGCUUGAAUCUUGAUUCACACUGUGUUCAAUUUGGAUGGACUCCUCCCUAUGCUCUAAACCAGGGGUCACCAAUCUCAGUCCUGGAGGGCCGGUGUCCCUGCAGGGUUUAGCUCCAACUUGCCUCAACACACCUGGCUGGGUGUUUCAAGUAUACCUAGUAAGACCUUGAUUAGCUCGUUCAGGUGUGUUUGAUUAGGGUUGGAGCUAAAAUCUGCAGGGCACCGGCCCUCCAGGAACAAGUUUGGUGACCCCUGCUCUAAACCCUUCAGAGAUGCCCCUUUAAAGGGAUUAAGCCAUAGAGAAAAGUCCUUCUGAAUAAAACACAAGAAUUGGCUGCAUUCCAGUCCAUUUUUUAUGAGCUUCACUCGAUAACUUCCCUCCAACUUGUUCCCUCGGAUGUAUGUCAUUGAUUACGUUACACAAGUGUAUUACUGGUGCAACAUAAGUAUGGGUUUAUAUGGAAUUCCCUAAACCAGGGGUGUCAAACUCAGUUUCUGAAGGGCCACAGCCCUACACAGUUUAGUUCCAACCCUGCUUCAACACACUUGCCUGUAGGUUUUAAACAAGCCUGAAGGACUCAAUUAGUAAGAUCAGGUUUGUUUGAUUAGAGUUGGAACUAAACUGUGCAGAGCUGCGGCUCUGCAGGAAUUGAGUUUGACACCCCUGCCCUAAACCCUUCAGCACUUGUGAAUAAUAAUGGCAUUGUUUUCAUGGACAUAUAGGUGCUGGUGUGGACAUGCUGACUCACUCCUACUGUCAAUAUCGAGGGAUCGAGGGUAUGUCCGUGUAAAUUUCACUUAUUCAAGUGGAGCACACUUUAAAAUGGCGGCAGAGAUUAUCCUGACGCCCUGGAGCAUGAAGUGGUCCUAAUAUCCUGUGAUGCACCUUGUUGUCUAAAUUCAUUUGUUGAUAACCAUAGUAGCAAAGGAGCAGAAGAUUUUGCUUUAGUAAAGCUAUUAACCUCAGUUGCUUCUACCAUCUGAACACAACCAUGUUGUCAGCCAUUGUUGUUGUUGUUAUGUGACCUAGCAUCUCUGAUUAGGGUCAAGAUGUGGGCUAAGGACAUCAACAUUUCACAAAUCAUAUAAAUUGGCUGUUCACAGGAAUAUAGUUUUCAGAUUUAUCCACUUUGGGAGCUGUUUAAAAAAUAUAUAGUGAAUUCUCUAAAUUGUUCCCUAAAUUGAAUACUCUUAAGUUUUGUCUGGAUGCUAAAUACCUGAAUUUACAGUUAAAUGUGUUUUUGUGUGGACAGGGCCUAAAUAUUUGAUUAUGAUUCACUGGAAUGCAGGCUUUGAAGCAUUGUUACACUUUUAGAAUUAUUAUUUUUUGGUUAGUUUUAUUUCACAGCUGUACUUUUUUCAUUGUUUCUAUGCUUCUUCAUCAAACUCAAAUGUGUUUGUAUAUGUGCACAUCCUCAUUAUUCAUUUGCUUAUGUACACUCUAGGUUUUGACAUUCAGUAUCCACAACACUUAUUUCUCAUAUGUGAAACAGAUUUAUGAACUUGAUAUAUGUCAGUUAAUGUGCAAAUAAAAUUUUAUUCAUUAAUGCUUUGUCUUUGACAUAAAUGCAAUUGCGGAUUUAGGCAUGGGCAAUGUGGGCGAUCGCCCAGGGAGGCAUCUUGCUUGGUGGGAUGGAGACACCCAUCCCCCCCCCCUUCGUCCGCAGCAUGUAUAUUGUGGGGACGAUAUGAUCGUCAUUUGCCUAGAGUGCCAGUUAGGCUUACGACGGUACUGCAUUAAUGCAAAAUAUAGAAAAAGAAAGCUUCGAAACAAUUUU